UUCACCAACCGCUAGGGGGCGAAAAUCAACUUGGCACAAAUGGAAAACAAACCGAGGGAAUUAAAGAGAAAGCGGGACUCGAGAUUGCAUGAGAUUCCUCUGCGUUAUUCCUGUAAACUAUAAGCAUUUUAUUGAUUCAUGCAUAGAGUUUGAAUUGUAAAAGGACACAUGGCUUCCCUCACACCUAGAUUAACCACUAAACAAAAGCAGCAGCUCUGUGUCUUGUUGGGUAAUGUGGAUCUGACUCUUCUCUUCAAAGCGUCUGUUCAUGGAUAUAAUGCUGCUGCGUUCCACCAGCGCUGUGACCGUCAGGGUCCAACUUUACUCGUGGCCUACAACUUUUCAGGCUACAUCUUUGGUGGAUAUACUAGUAAAGAUUAUACUCAGUGCGGUAGGAUUAUAGCUGAUCACGAGGCUUUCCUGUUCAACUUUCCUAUUAAUGGUGGUGUCCCUGUCUCCAUCAAAAUAAGAAAUGGGAGUCACGCACGUCUUGAUGACUCUGGAGUGCCCAACUUUGGCAAAGAGUUGUACUUUAUGGAUAACAACCUACCUUACAUACAUGAGACAGGGAGAUCCAGAAAUGGAGAUUGUGUGUUCGAUUUUGAUCCUUUAACCAUGUAUGGAAGCGAUGAUCAGCUCAGAGAAUGUGAGGUGUACAAAGUGAAGAAGAUUGUCUCACAGGUCACUGCAGGUCCAAUCAGAGAGAAGCCAUGGAGAAAUAUUCUGUGGAUACCCGGACAAAAACAAGACCUCUUGAAGCGCAUCAAAGAUCAUAAACCCCUGGUGUCCUCUGUGAACCGGGUUCGGAUCCUAAUGAUCGGUCCUGUAGGUGCUGGAAAGUCCAGUUUCUUCAACUCCAUCAACUCCAUCUUCAUGGGUCGCAUGACCAACAAAGCCAUGGCAGGAUCUACAAGCACCAGUCUCACCACACAGUUUCGCACAUAUCCACUGAAAGAUUGCCGUGAUGGAAAGCCAUUGCCAUUUGUGUUGUGUGACACUAUGGGACUGGAGGAGCAGACAGGUGCAGGUCUGGAUAUUGAGGACAUCAGCAGCAUUCUUCAGGGUCUCAUACCAGACCGAUAUCAAUUCAACCCCAUAGCAUCAUUUCAUCCUGAUGAGCAAACGUCCUCCAGACCUUCAUCUCUACAGGAGAGGAUCCACUGUGUGGUGUUUGUGAUAGACGCCACCAAAAUCUCCCUCAUGUCCAGCAAACUGGAGGACAAACUCGCAGCCAUACGCAAAAAAGUGAACUCGCUGGGUGUUCCUCAGAUCGUCUUGAUGACUAAAGUAGAUGAGGCGUGUCCUCUGGUGGAGGAGGAUCUUCGAAAUGUUUAUGUCAGUUCCUACAUUAAGUCAAAGGUACAGGAGGUCAGCUCUCGACUGGGUGUUCCUGUGUCUUGUGUGUUACCUGUGAAGAACUACAGUCAGGAGCUUGAACUGAACUUUAACUGUGAUCUCCUGCUUCUCACCGCUGUACAGCAGAUGCUCAACUAUGCUGAAGAUUAUUUGGAUGAUGUUGAUGCCCAUUAGAGCAAAUGCCUAUUAAGGGUUACUUAAAGUUAUACUGCAGUUAAAUGUCUUGUGGCAAAAAGCUGUUAGGCCACAUUAUAAUUACAUUUUCAAAUACCUUAUUUUAAUAGAGGUGACUAAAAAUGCAGUGUUGUUCAAACUAUGAUUAAAAAAGAAGAAGAAUUAAUACAA